AUGCUGGAAAAGAAAAUUGCGCGAUGUAACUUUUCUUGGAAUGGUCCUUCCCCUCUAACCUAUCCAUUCCUUCCUUUGCAUAUUGGCGAAAAAGUAAAUGUUGCAUGCAGUUGCGAUGAUUGGUCCUAUGGCAGCAGUCUGGAUAACGGAAACAAAUUUGGAAUAUUCCCGAGUAAUGCAGUAAUAUCAUUUAAUGAAUCGGCACCAUUUAUAUCCAAUGAAGCAGUUGAGAUUGUUAAAGAGCUCACUGAUAUUCUCAGUGAGUGGUGGAACACAAUUAAGAAUACUUACUGUCAUCAGGCAAGAAUGGAAUGUCAGGAUGAGGUGCUAGUGUACAUGGAGGAUCUAAUGGUAAUGCGCAAAAAAAUACUUUCGGGUAAUGUUCCCAUUGAAGAACUGCGUGAAAUGAGGUCAGAAUUAGCUAGGAAAAUCGAUCUGGGCAAUCAGUGGUUAGGUCUUGAUCUGCUUAUCAGAGAUGAUAUGGGUAGGAAGAUAGAUAACGACACAACAUCAGUGGUGCAAGUAUACCGUGCUCAUGUAGAUGCUUCCAGUAGGAUUCUAAACGAUUCUAAACCUAAUGAUAUACCUGGAGUGAUUGCUUUUUCUCUGCUGGUCCAUGCUCUUUCCGCAACGGUUGACUCGAGAGCGGAGUGCGAAUUCACAUUAUCCUUAUAUGAUACUGCCGAAAAGAAGUUUAUAUCCGAAAAUUUCGUAUUUUAUUGGAGUUUCUCUACGGGUAAUUUGACGAAUCGCAAUAGUAAAGUCCUAUUCACUGAUCUCGGUUCAAAUGAAUAUCCGUCUUCUUCAUCAUCAGCGGAAGCCCAUCGCCUUCUUUUGUGUAUUAGGGUCGCACGAAUUGCUCCAAUUGAACAGACGUCCUCAACUUUGAAGAAGUAUGUUGACCCCGGUCCUUCUCAUCUUUGGCCUCGACAACCAUAUGCUGCUGCAGUACUGGAUCUGUCAAAUGUUAUAGGCGAAUCUCAUGGUUCUACUGAGCAUAUCAUUUCUUUAAAUCGUGAUGACAGCUUGGAGCAGCUAAUAGCUCGAGCAAGUACUACGAGGACCAGCAAUUCCGUAAGAGCAGUUGGCGGAGAAAUAUCUGCGUUUGGACGAGCGCAGCUAAUGAUUUCAACAGAAGUCCUUCUUGGUUCUCUGAUCCAAAUUAAAAAGAUAUAUCCUCAGAUUUUUUCAAGUAAUCCACCAUUCGAGUUGAGAAGAUUAUCGUUUGCAGAUGUUAUUUCGGCAGAUGAUAUUCGAAAUGAUUUGUAUGUUACAUUGCUACAAGGUGAUUUACAUGGUGGUAAAGGGUCCGACAAAAAUAUUGAAGUACGAAUAACAGUCGUUGAUGCAAAAGGAAUAGUUGAAAAUAGUAUCGUUGUGAUCACUGCAGACGGGAUACGUUGGAGCACAACAUACCAAAGUCUGGUUUUUUAUCAUGAUGACAAACCAAAGUGGAACGAAUCUAUCAAAGUACAGAUUCCGGAGAAUAUUGACCAAAAUAUACAUCUUCGAAUGACUUUUCAUCACAAAAAGACAUCUGAUAAAACUAAGCAAGAAAAAGGACCUUUCGCAUUGUCAUUUGUGCGCAUUAUGGAAGAUGCAACGUUGAUCAGGGAUGGUUUGCAUGAAUUACUAAUUUACAAGGUUGAAACGGGACGUUUUGACGACAGUGACACCAGUUAUACUCGGUUGCCUGCCACACGAGGAGAGCUUAAAGCUUCUCAUUCUCAGUUAAGACCCCAAACAACAACCUUCAUUUACUGCGAAAAGAAUUUUCUAACCAUUGAAACAGUAACUUGCUCGACAACGUUAACUCAUAGCAAGAGUUUGUUGGAUAUACUUAGAUGGAAACAAAACAGAAGCAACUUAAAAGAAAGGCUAGAAGAAAUUUCGAGGCCAAAAUUUCUAUCAGUUGGUGAAGAAUUGGUAAAAUUCAUUGCGAACUUUUGCGACGCUCUUUUUGAAAUUUUAGAUCAUUACCCAGAUUACGAUGGCUUGGUUUUUGAUGAUUUAGUCACUCUAGUGCAAUUGGUAAAUGAGGAGCGGUACAAGAAUUUCCGUCCAGUACUUGACAAAUAUGUGGAGAAUUUUCAUUCCACUGUAGCAUUUUUAAAGUUGUUACCAGUUCUUCGUGAAAGAAUUGAAAAUGCAGAGGAUACACAUGAAAGAUCACUGAAUACGAUGAAAAGUCUUGGCACCCUUAUCAGAUUGGCUGUUAGAUCAAAAUUAUGCAGUGACAGACUUGGUAUGAUGUCAAAUAAUUUUCAACUUUUGAUCAGUGAACUGCUGGAAGCAUUUAUCGUAUUUAUGCAAAAUAAACGAGUACGUAUGACUUGUCAAAAUAUGGCGUUGAAACAUAUACCAGCAGUUAUUCCACAUCUUGCAUACUAUGGUGUUUAUAACAACAGUGAUCUCACGGAUUUUCUGGCACGAUUAAUGGAUCAUCUUGGUGAAAACAUAAGUUCAAGGUGCCGUUUAAAUUUUCUUAAGGACAUAGUGCAAACAGAUUACUUCAUCCAAGAAAUAAACCGAAAGAAGCUAUUGCCGAAGGUCAUUGAAAAAGUGGUGGAAGAACUCGAGACUUCUGACUUCGUCCAUUUGCAAGACGUUGUGUGUGAUCAGUCCAAGAUGGAAGAAUGUAUUUCGGCGAGUGCCGAUAUAAUGUUUUAUAUCAUUGAACGCCUCUUUUGCUCCACGGAUCCUAUUCAUGAACAAGGAAGUGAAGAUGAACUUUAUCUCAUUGUAUGGAAAUCAUUUCGUACCAUAAUUCAAACGACAAUCGUUUUGAUCAAUGCAAAAUAUUCUGCUUCUGUGUUUUGCGCGCUUACAAUUCUAGUCCUCAGCAAACUGUCGGCACAGAUGUAUAAAAUGUACCUGGAAAGUCACGCUACCUAUAUUGAUAAACAUGAUUUAUUGAUGGAACUUGUUCAUUUGUUUCGUGAUCUCAUCAACAAGUCACCAUUCCCUUGUUCAUGGUUCCAGAUGAUACUAUUGCAGGAUAGGCAUGGUUUCCUUUCAAUGAUUUUGAAAACAAUGAAAUUUAUCAUGUCGACAAUUGUUGAACACUUUCAUGACGAUCAGUUCAAUGCUGAACUUUGGAGAGAAUACAUGCUGACGAUGGUCACUUUUUGCACACAAAAAGCUCUUCAGCUGGGUUCAUCAGUUAGUGAAAGGCGGUUGCGACUUCUAUCAUGCCAGCCGGAUUUGAGAAGAAUAGCAGUUGCGGAUUUGCGCUCUAUGUGGUUUAGAUUAUCGAUGGCCCAAAAGAUUCUGUUUGUACCGUCUAUGAUUGGUUCUUAUCUUCGAGUGGCUCUGAUUGACGAUGAUGUUGUACGUGAAACUAUUAUACCUAUAUUUUUCGAUAUGCUUCAAUGUGAAUUCCAUUUAUCACCACUGCGCAGUUUCUCCAAAUUUGCAAACGAGACUAUAAUGCAGCUGGAUUGUCUGGUUGAUGAGGACUGUGGUGGACAAAAAUUCAAGGAGCAACUGCAUAAUAUCAUGAUGGAUAUGAGCCGUUCAGAUACGGAUCUUGUUGUAGAAGGUUGCAAAUUUGUGGCUUUAGUUGAUACUCUUCUACAACAUCUUUUUGAAUAUCGUGAAGUACGAACAAAUGGUUACUGUAUAGAAAACGGAAUGGAUCGAACUGUUGAAUUGUUGAAGUUUUAUAAACUUAUUGGUCAUGAUGACCUUUAUAUCAACUAUGUUUAUAAGCUUUAUGAUCUUCACAUGCUCAGCAACAAUAAAAUUGAGGCAGCUUUUACACUUCUGAAGCAUGCUGAAACAUUGUCGAUAAAGUGUGAAUUGCCACCCGCUCUUUUGGAUGCACAUUUAAAUCGGCAAUGUGGUACUCAGCGCCAGCUCAAAGAAGCACUUUAUAACGAGGCGGCUAAUCUCUUCGAUGAAAAAGAAUUGUGGGAAGAAUCUAUCGGCAUUUUGAAAGAACUGACGUUUCAAUAUGAAAAGAAUUAUGAGUACGAAAAAUUACCAAGCCUUCUCCAACGUCUAGCUGAAUUAUAUCACAAAGUGAGUACACAAGGACGAGUCGCAUGCACGUAUUUCUUCGUUGGAUUUUAUGGCCUCAAUUUUCCUAGUUAUUUAAAUAAUCGGCAAUUCAUCUAUCGUGGAAAUGAAUGCGAAGCCAUUGUCAGCUUUCGGCAUCGAAUGCUGUCAACCUUUCCCGGUGCUCAGUUAGUUAAUACAAUGGAUGAAUGUUCGCAUCUUUCAAAGCACGACAACAAAUUUUUGCAGAUUUUCCCCGUGAAACCUCUUUUUGAAAGCUGCUGGGAAAAAAAAUGUAGCAAUCGUUUAAUUCGAUGGUAUUUCAAAAACAAUAGGGUACAAAAAUUUGAAUUUUAUAAAGGGGAAAUCCGAAAAGGAACAAAAUGGACAGAACUGGAAGAUAAUGAAAUCAUGCGCUCGUGGGUAAUUCGGCGAUCAGUUUCUAUCGAAGAACAAUUGCCUAACAUAUUACGUUGGUCACAGAUUACAAAUUUUUCUGACCCAAUUGAGUGUUCUCCACUAAUGGAAGCUGUGGCAACAAUGAGGAAAAACAAUGAAGAAAUGGAAGAAAUGGCACAUUUGGUCCUUUCUACACCAUUAGAAUCAGUUGUUCCAUUGGGAGGCAAAAUCCGUGGGAUCGUACAGGCGUUUGUACAAGGGGGAAUUAAAAAUUAUAAAAUAUUUUUUUCUGAUCGAUGUGGUUCAAUUUUAACAUCAGAAGAACAUGGGCUUGUGCAUCAGCUGAGGGCAUUAAUCAGAAACCAGGUGCCAAUUUUGGAGUUUUGCUUAUAUGUGCAUGCUUCCCGUGACCAUCAAGUGAAUGUCCAGUUUCAUGAAUCCCUUGUAGCUUCUUUUUACGAAUAUAAAGCAAACAUUGAAAAACAGUUUGGAAAAGUGGCCUCGCAGCUGCCGCCGGGUUGCUCCAUCCAUCUUUCACAACAGAAAGGAGAUGAACGUAGAGCAAGCAGCUUUGAAAUCCCAAGUACUCCAUCUGUUAUGAGUGUAUUUAAAAGAGGUGGUGGAGGUACGAAAAGUGGAAGGACAACAACUACUAGGAAAUCAAGUGGCCUAAAAUCAGAUUUGAAAAGUGCCUUCGAGAAUGGAAUAGCCAAACGAAUCUCAUCGUCAUCCGACCGCAGUUUUGACUGCAAUUCCAAUGAAAAUAGUUCUACUUCUCGAUCAACAUUUGAUUUUACACGUUUUGAGCAUACGUUGAAAUCAGUCUCCUCGUCAUCCUUGCAAAUAACAGAAGAUGAUGCAACUAUUAAAUCGGUUAAGCCAGUCGAGAGACUCACUGAUACUCAAACUGUACCACCUCCGUUACCUCCGCGAUGUACGAAAAGAUCACUUCUGGUUCCUCAGCAUCUCAAUACCGUUUCAUUUCCGGUGGAAACUUCUCAUCACAACAUAUAA